GUGCCACACCUGAAACUGCACCAAGCCGUCAUUCGUCUGCCGAGAAAACCAGCCUUGUCUGUGCCCAAGGCGGAGCUGACUGCGCGAGACACCCUAGACCGCUCCACUCUAGUGUGGUCCCAGAGCCCGGCCUAUGAGCCAUGGCUGAGCCAGAUUGCACCGGAGAAUAUCACUGCUGGCCACUCUAGCUGUGUGUGCCGGGCCGUCUCGUUGCUCCCAACCUGACGUCAUCACUGUGCGCCGCAGUACGGUGGUGGGCACGCGCAACCAAGAUGUCUCCGACGCCGGCGCUUUUCAGUUUGCCCGAGGCGCGGACGCGGUUUACGAAAUCUACCAGAGAAGCCUUGAAUAACAAAACUAUCAAGCCAUUGUUGAAUGCCUUCAGUCAGUUACCUGGCAGUGAAAAUGAAAAAAAAUGUACCCUUGACCAAGCUUUCAGAGGUGUUCUGGAAGAAGAAAUUAUAAAUCAUUCAGCAUGUGAGAACGUUUUAGCUAUUAUUUCUCUUGCCAUUGGGGGAGUAACAGAAAGUGUCUGUACUGCGUCUACACCAUUUGUGCUAUUGGGAGAUGUCUUGGACUGCCUUCCUUUGGAUCAGUGUGACACAAUAUUCACUUUUGUCGAAAAAAAUGUUGCCACUUGGAAGUCAAAUACAUUCUAUUCUGCUGGCAAAAAUUAUUUACUGCGUAUGUGCAAUGAUCUCCUCAGAAGAUUGUCUAAAUCUCAGAAUACAGUUUUCUGUGGAAGAAUUCAGCUCUUUUUGGCCAGACUUUUUCCACUAUCCGAGAAAUCAGGUCUUAAUUUGCAAAGUCAGUUUAACCUGGAAAACGUCACUGUUUUCAAUACAAAUGAACAGGAGAGCACCCUGGGUCAAAAGCAUACUGAGGAUAGAGAGGAAGGGAUGGAUGUAGAAGAAGGUGAAAUGGGAGAUGAUGAAGCCCCCACGACUUGUUCUAUUCCAAUUGAUUACAACCUGUACAGAAAAUUCUGGUCACUUCAGGAUUACUUCAGGAACCCAGUACAAUGCUAUGAGAAGAUUUCUUGGAAAACUUUUCUCAAGUAUUCUGAAGAAGUUUUAGCUGUCUUUAAAAGUUAUAAAUUAGAUGAUACUCAAGCCUCCAGGAAGAAGAUGGAAGAACUGAAAACAGGAGGGGAGCACGUGUACUUCGCAAAGUUCUUAACAAGUGAGAAGUUGAUGGAUUUACAACUGAGUGACAGUAACUUUCGUCGACACAUCCUGUUGCAGUAUCUCAUUUUAUUUCAGUAUCUCAAGGGACAGGUCAAAUUCAAAAGUUCAAAUUAUGUUUUAACUGAUGAGCAAUCACUCUGGAUUGAAGAUACUACAAAGUCAGUCUACCAACUGCUAUCUGAAAAUCCCCCUGAUGGAGAAAGAUUUUCAAAGAUGGUAGAGCAUAUAUUAAACACUGAAGAAAAUUGGAACUCAUGGAAAAAUGAAGGUUGCCCAAGUUUUGUGAAAGAAAGAGCAUCAGAUACCAAGCCCACAAGAGUGGUACGGAAGAGAGCAGCCCCAGAAGACUUCUUAGGCAAAGGGCCCAAUAAGAAAAUCCUGAUUGGAAAUGAGGAGCUAACAAGGCUUUGGAAUCUCUGUCCUGAUAACAUGGAAGCCUGUAAAUCAGAGACAAGAGAAUACAUGCCAACUUUGGAGGAGUUCUUUGAAGAAGCCAUUGAACAAGCAGAUCCUGAAAACAUGGUUGAAAGUGAAUAUAAAGCCGUAAAUAAUUCAAAUUAUGGAUGGAGAGCUCUCAGACUCUUAGCCCGGAGAAGCCCUCACUUCUUCCAGCCAACCAACCAGCAGUUUAAGAGUCUGCCAGAGUAUCUUGAAAACAUGGUGAUAAAGCUAGCCAAGGAACUACCACCCCCUUCUGAAGAAAUAAAAACAGGUGAGGAUGAAGAUGAGGAAGAUAAUGAUGCUUUACUAAAGGAAAAUGAAAGUCCUGAUGUUCGGCGAGAUAAACCUAUAACAGGGGAACAGAUAGAGUCAUUUGCCAACAAACUUGGUGAGCAGUGGAAGAUUUUGGCUCCUUACCUGGAAAUUAAAGACUCUGACAUUAGGCAGAUUGAAUGUGACAGUGAGGACAUGAAGAUGAGAGCCAAACAGCUCCUUGUUGCCUGGCAAGAUCAAGAAGGAGUUCACGCAACAACUGAUAACCUGAUUGGUGCACUGAACAAGUCUGGGUUAAGUGACCUUGCAGAAAGUCUAACUAAUGACACUGAAACAAACAGUUAGCUUUCUUUCUUUCUCUCCUUUUUUAUUGAAAAGUGAUAAGAUUUUGUUACCAAGCAGCAUUUGAUAAAAGGUCCACUGGUUUUGGUAAACAAUAAACACUUUUAUAACAGCUGUUGUACAGUUAGCUGGUGCUCAAAAAACCACAUACCGAACAGGCAUUGGAGUAUAGGAGGACAGGGUGGGAAAAUGGCCAAAGUAAAAGGACCACAAGAUCACAGACGACGUUUUGUAAGUAUUUUUAUAAUGAAGUUAAAUGAGUACUAUUUAUGAGUAUGUUAGAGUCCUGUCCCAAAUUAGUUUCCUGCAUGCUAUCAGUUAUAAAAUGUAUUCUGAAAUCACAAGAUGACACUUCUGAAACCUUAGGACUGGAAAGCUGGAAAGCAGAGGAUUGGCAAAGGAUGGAUAGUUUAAGUGUUUUACUGGCAGUCUGCCAUGUUUACUCUACUACAGCAAGAGUUCAGACUGAUAGCCAGGGGCCCUACAAAACCUAAACCAUUUGCUGUUUGGCCAAUACAGAAAAUGUUUGCUAGCCUCUAACUUUAUGUGAAGUGGAGUCUAUGACCCAACUACUCCUUUAGCUUUAUAAAGAUUACUUGACCUCCUCAAGUCUCUAAACACCCAGGGAUUCCUGUCAGUUCACUUGUGAAAAUACACUGUAUGUAGCAGAGCAUGUGCAGUGCUGGCUGAAGGUUCAUGUUCUGUUCCCAUACAACAUUUCCUGUGGGUGUUUGGUGUCUGGUGAAGGUUAAAAGUGUUCUUGCCUGGACCGUGCACACUCCGCUAGCUGGGGAAGCAGUGGCUGCGCACAGCUCCAGCUUCCUGGUACCCUCUGCACUAAGCAAAUUAAGGCAUGCUCAGGAACUGAAAGGGAGAAUGGAUUUUUUGCCUCUUCUCUCUUACAUUCAAGGAUGCAUUCUAAAAUACUUAACACCUUAUUUAAAACAACACUGUGGAAAUCCAAUUUCUACUUUAAAGAAUUAUCUUUGGAAUGCUUUUCUAGGUCAAAUAAACUAUCGAGAAGCUUUUUGUA